CGGUGGAGUAAUCUUAUUGUACGGUGAAUGCACUAUAAUGCACUGCUUGAGUUGUUUUCUAGCAGGGUCGAUAUACGGUGGACGCUCAAACUAUUCGUACUCCAUGACCAUGAAUCAUGCAAGUUUUCAAUUGUUGCAAAAUAUGUAUACACACACGCACUUUAUAUAUAUGUUACAACUGCCAAAUGCUAGAGAAGUCUCUUUUAAAGCUGAAGUUAGCUCGUAGUUCAAAACAAGAAGAAGCUGAAGUUAGCUGAAGUUAAGUAUGGUUAAGAAAAUAGUUUAAGUUAACUUUCACGUUUUUUUCAUUUUUCAGAAACUUUAAUAACUUAUUCGUAAAACAGGAGACUCUUACCCUUUUAUUUUUAUUCUUUGGUGAAUCAUUAAAGUAUAACUCUAAAUAAUACAUCAAAGUAUAAGUCUCGGCCAGUCUGGGUUUGGGUUUCGGCCCAAGUGGUUUACAUGGUGAGCUGUAACAGAUGAUCGGUCAACUCUUGACAAUAGUCGGAAGGUAUUCUAAACUCGGAUCAUACAGUGUGGUACGCUUUCGGGCUAGUCCACGCACUAAGUGCGUUCCUCCCGGAGCCGACCGGAUCAGCCGAUAGGGUUUAUCAAAAAUAAAAAAAUGCACCAAAGUUUUUACUACUUGUAUCCUUGAGAAAAAUACAUUACAAGCCAUAAUUUCUUCAUGUAAUUUCAGCAAUAAAAUCAAUAUAAUGGUCUCAACGGACGAAAUAGUCAUUUUUUAUGAAUUCACACACACACACACACUACCGAGUUAAUUGUGGGUGGCUAAUAUUUUUGAAUGCAUCAAUCAUCUUUUAUCAUCUUUUCGACAUUUACAAAGAGAACCAGGACACGAUAUUUUUUUUAGAUGUUUGAUCGCUUUUAGAAAAAAACCUUAAACUAAUUAAUAAUUAAAAGCCUUUAAUUCUUAAUUUUACCUUGUUAAUAUAUCGUUCAAAAUGUCAACAACAUUUUCUGACCGCAUUGACUAGCUCAACCGCUUAAGACGCUGUGGAACGUUAAUUACCGCGCCACCAUCAGGCACUUUCUGAAGGUAGAUAAACUUAAACAUGAUAUCAGAGCGUUUGGUUAAAGCAUUUACAUUGGCAAUAACUACCUACACCGGGCAAUUUUUUUUGGUUUCUUAUAUGUGGUCUCUCUGCCUUUAGAAGGACCCAACAUAUCUCCCAGAUUUUGGCAAAGCAACAAACACAAUUAACUCAAAAGUUUAUAUACUGUUUAAAUACAGUUUUUAACCACUCGAGUAAGAUUAUGGCGAAGUUGUUUUUCACUCUCUUCUUGGUUCUUCCUCUAGCUUCAGCUUUUGCUUGUGGCGCAAGAAACAUCCCAGGAGGACUCUCUGACCAGAAGAAUUACCUCGGAUUCGGUGGUGGGUAUUCCGGUAUCGGAGACAAUGGUUUACCUUUCGGUGGCCUCGUUGGAGGUGUCACUGGUCCCAGUGGUACUCUUGGCUUUGGUGGACUUGGUGGUGUUGGUGGAGGACUAGGCGGUGGCUUAGGAAACGGUAUAGGCGGUGGAGUUGGUGGGGGAAGUACGGGAGGAGUUCAUUUCCCUUGAGUUGCUUAAGAUGAUUUCAGAGCAAUAAUAGUAUAAGCUCUCUGUAUAUAAAUGUGUUUAUAACGCACCUCGAGUUAAUAUAUUGAAGUUCGAUUUAACACAAAGAAAAAGAAAAGAAGUUAAUAGACAAAUGAAAUGAGUGAAACCAAAAAGAUAAUAACUGAGGUGUUAAAAAAGAUGAAAAAUUAGUUUUAAUUUAAUGAAAUGGGGUUUUCGUUUCAUAUGACAUUUAAUAGAUGUAACAAGUACUUAUUCAGGGGAAUAAGAAAAUAAUAUACGUAAUCAUCCAGAAAUUACGUACGGUGUGUAUGACUGGAAAAAAUCGGAGUGAAAAAGGGAAAAAUAAAUAAGUGAAAAUGGGAGGAAAAGUAAAAGUGGAAGACAGAGUAAAGUAGAGUAAAUGUAUUAACUCUUAGUAUUCAAAUGGUAAAAGCAGUACAUGCGGAUCAUGCAGGUCAAGUGAAACAAAUACAGAUCAAGCACGAAAAAUGCAGAUCAAAUAGAUCAUUCGAGAAAAAUGCAUAUCAAACAGAUCAAAUAGUUUAUUACAGUUUUGAAUGGUAAAAACAUUUAAAAAAAACAUAUUAUAUAUUUAAAUAAGAAAAAAAAAAAUUUUAAUUUACCACAAGUUGUAUUGUUGCAUUUAAGUAAAAUAAAUGAAAAUAGUAUAUAUUUAUAGAUGAAUAAUUUAUUUUACAAUUUUGUAUUGUUACAUAUAUAUAUAAUUUUAUCAGUACAUAAAUAUUAUAUAUAUAUAUAUUAUUUAUUUGAAGGGGCUCCAGCUUGAAUUUUGUUCUGGGUUCGAAUAGUAUUGGUCAUCUAGCCGGGUUUUAAAUGGAUUUAAUCAUUUACACUUACCCGACUAUAAAAUUUCGUAGAAUUAGUUUUUGGGUUUAAAAAGCUUUUGGAAUCCUCACAUUUAUCAAAAAUAUAUUAUUUUAUUUCUUGUUAUUGAAGUAUAUAAAAUAUAAAUAAAAGUCAAAAUACAGUAAUUUGAUACCUAAACACUAAAAAUAUUUAAAUUGAAAACAUAAUUAUAGAUAGUAAACUGGAUUUAAUACUUGUGGUAUCUUAAAAUGUUACGCUAGUUUUAACAAAUAUACAUUAUUUAUUGUUAUGUUAAAAUACCUAAAAUAAAAAAUAAAAGGCAGGAGGUUCGCUUGAAACACAUCAAAUGUGUGGUGUUAGUACUGUAGAGUGUAGAUCAUUAUUAUUGCUUGUAAAAUUGAAUUGCUAGCAGGUCAUGUAUAUUUUAUUAUUUUUAUAAAUGAAUUGUUUCUUUGUUGCUAACAUACGUUGAAUGGCAAUAAAAAUGCAGGUCUCCCACCCCAGUGUACGUCAUGUCCCUCUCCUGCCAUUCCAUUCAGACUCUUAGUUAAGUUAGUAAAACUAUAGAAAGUAUUACAUUGUAAGUCACUUUAUCAAACUUAAAUAACACUAUGAGUCA